CAUCGAAAAAGAAGAUAACUUUACCUUUGACCUUAGAUGAGCUGCAAAAAUGGCGGCGCGCAUAAGAUUUUUCAAACAUCGCUGUAAUGCACUAAUAAACAUGAAUUCUACAUCAGUUAUAGCCCUCAGAGAAUGUUUAUCAAGAUCGUAUCAUGUUCAAAAAGAUUUUUCGUCCAAACAAGUGCGUAAGACGUUCACAGAUUUUUUUCAUGAACUUUACCAACACAGAAUUGUGAAAUCCUCCCCUGUUCGUCCGCGAGGUGAUACGAGUCUGCUGUUUGUCAACGCAGGCAUGAACCAGUUUAAACCCAUUUUCCUGGGAGCAGCAGAUCCACGCAGUGAAAUGGUCACAUACCGGCGGGUGGUGAAUAGUCAGAAGUGUGUCCGGGCUGGGGGUAAACACAAUGACCUGGAGGACGUUGGUCGAGAUGUCUACCACCACACCUUCUUUGAAAUGUUAGGAAACUGGUCAUUUGGUGAUUACUUCAAGGAGGAAGCUUGUGGCAUGGCCUGGCGUCUACUCACAGAGGAGUACAGAAUUCCUCCAGAACGCCUCUACGUCUCAUACUUUGCCGGUGAUGCCAUCUCUGGUUUGCCUGCAGACGAGGAGACUCGCCACAUCUGGCUGAGCAUCGGAGUACCCGCUGAUCACCUUCUGCCCUUUGGGAUGAGAGACAACUUUUGGGAGAUGGGGGAGACUGGGCCUUGUGGCCCUUGCACAGAGAUUCAUUAUGACCACAUUGGAGGCCGCAAUGCAGCCUUGCUGGUAAAUGCAGACAGUCCUGAUGUGGUCGAGAUUUGGAACCUUGUCUUCAUGCAAUACAACAGAGAGGCAGAUCACAGUUUGCGGUCACUCCCUCACUUCAGUGUUGACACUGGCAUGGGUCUGGAGCGCCUUGUGAGUGUUCUACAAGGACAACGCUCUAACUACGACACUGACCUUUUCACCCCUCUGCUGUCUGCUAUACAACAGUGUGCCAAUUGCCCGAAGUAUAGAGGGAGGACUGGGGAGGCAGAUGUGGGCAAAGUGGACAUGGCAUACCGUGUUGUGGCUGACCAUGUGCGCACCCUGUCUGUCUGCAUCGCUGACGGUGUUUAUCCUGGCAUGUCUGGAGCUGAAUUGGUUUUGCGCCGUAUUCUCCGGCGAGCUGUGCGGUUCAGCUCUGAAGUAUUGCAGGCCCCUGAGGGAUCACUGGCAGGCCUGGUACCUACAGUUGCCCAUAUUCUUGGUGAUACUUAUCCUGAACUGCAUAAAGAGACAGACAGGAUCAUGGAUGUAAUCAAUGAAAACGAGGCCCAGUUCCUUUCUUCUCUGAAGCAGGGGCGCAGAGUGAUUGACAGGACACUCCAGAGAUUGGAGGGAAGCAACUCUGUAUUCCCAGCCCCUGUGGCCUGGUCUCUGCAUCGUAACCUGGGCUUUCCUCUGGAUCUUAUUGGACUAAUGCUGGAAGAAAAAGGAAUGUGUAUUGACCAACAGAGCAUUGAUGAGUUGGCCUCUGCAAAUGAAAAGCUAAAGCGUCAGACCCAGAGCUCUGGCAGAGAGACUCUUUUCCACUUGGAUCUGCACACUCUAGCCCAGCUGCAGGCAGACAAAGUUCCCCAAACAGAUGACUUUCUCAAGUACCACUACAGCCUGGGACCGGAUGACAAAUAUGUGUUCCAGCCCUGCCACGCUACCGUGCAGGCUCUUUAUUGUGGACAGGCUCUUGUCUCAGAGGUGGCCGAGGGCCAGCGGUGUGGUGUGGUGCUAGACCGGACCUGUUUCUAUGCAGAGCAAGGCGGGCAGUCCCAUGACCAAGGAUACUUUAUCAAAGAUGGUUUGCAGGAUGUCAUGUACCCUGUUGAGGCUGUGCAUCUUGCUGGGGGAUAUGUGGUGCAUCAGGUCACCACUGCUGAUGUGCUGACAAAAGGAGACCAGGUCCAGCUCUACGUGGAUGAGGCACAAAGACUAGCCUGCAUGGUGAAGCACACAGCCACACACAUCCUCAACUUUGCUCUUCGUCAGCAUCUGGGUCCUUCUGUGGAGCAGCGAGGGAGUCAUGUUGCUGCUGACCGCCUACGCUUUGACUUCAGUGUCAAAGGAUCUUUGAGUACUACCCAACUCCAGGAGAUUGAGAAAAGCAUCCGGAACAUAAUUACAGAGGACAGUGCAGUGUACAUAGAAGAGGUUUCCCUGGCCCGGGUUAAAGACAUCCCAGGACUAAGGACCGUGGAAGAGGUAUACCCAGAUCCAGUUAGAGUGGUAUCCGUGGCAGUGCCUAUAUCAGACCUGUUUGUUUCUCAGACUGUUAGACCAACGUCAGUGGAACUCUGCUGUGGAACGCAUUUACGAAGGACAGGGGAGAUUGGGGAUUUGGUCAUCGUUUCAGAGAGACAGAUGGUGAAAGGGAUUAGCCGUAUCAUUGCGGUCACUGGAGACGACGCCAGACAGGCUCAAGAGGCGGGACAGGCCCUGGCGCAGGAGGUGGAGUCUCUGAUGGCCCGUCUUGCAGCAGUCACCAGCCCCUGUCUUGCAUCCACCUAUCGGCUAGCCAAAGAAGUGGGGGUACUGACAGAUGCAGUGGAUUGCACUCCCAUACCACAGUGGCAGCGAAGAGAACUUCAAACUCACCUAAAAAGUCUACAGAGGACUACCAACACAAUCAUAAGGAAACUGGAGACCAAAGAGGCUGCUGUGAAAGCUCAAUCGCUAAAACAAAAGAAUGGCAACAAGACCGUAGUAGUGGAUACUGUGGACACAGACUCAAUAUCAGUGCUGAUGAAGACAGUGAACCAAUACAGUGGCAAAGCCCCAGGGUCUGUUGUUAUGUUACUUUCCCACCAGCGGCAUUCAGGGAAGGUCCUGUGUGCAUGUCAAGUGCCCAAGGGCUUGAGUGCUCUGUCUGCCAAUGACUGGGCCCUGGCUGUGUGUGCCUACCUGGGAGGGAAUGCAGGAGGCUCUUCCACUGUGGCAAAGGGCACAGGAAAUGUAGCCGACCUUGCUGUGGCAAUCCGGUAUGCUGAAACAUUUGCAAAGGACAAAAUACAACACCAAUGCUGAAUACAAACUUCCAUGGAUCAGAGACCAGCAUUUACCAUAGAGAAUAGACAAAAUACAUCCUGCUUCAACAUGAAUAUUCUCAGAAAUCUGAGAAUUGUGACAUUCUACGAACUAGGCAUUUCUUUAGUUCUGAGGACACUCAUUUGGCAUGUUACCAUAGACUGAACUUUUUCGGUACUGUUCUGUGGGGUUUGUUUUUAUUUGACUGAUGGAGAUUAUAUUUUGACUAAGAGUGAAUUAAGUUUACCUUGGGUGGAUGUCUUUACCUUAUGGAAAUGCAUUUCUGAAAUUGCUGGCAGGAUCCAUUAUAUACAUGUGUAAGAUAAGCAUUAUGAAUAAGUUAUCAAAAGUGUGUAUAGACUGUGAAUGGACAAUGAAUGUCCAGUUUGUCCUAAAUGUCCAUGUAUUGACUGCCAGGUUUGUAAAAAUAAACAAUGUAGCCUAGUGUAUAUUUGUGAAGUUCAGGAAUAUUCUGAUGAGAUGUGUGUCCAAAAUACAUAUUACUAAUGUGUAUACGUUA